CAUUUUUCCAGCUGCCCAUGGAAAUCUCUCCACAGGUACAUUUGUGGCUGGGUUUCGCUCCUAAUUGCUGCUCCUGCAACGCUCUGGGGGCGCGGAGCUGGGUCUCUCCAGACGCGCAAUCAAAAUCCCUACAAUUACAUUAAUGAUACAGGUUUGUCUCUUUUGUUCUGCUGCCAGUUCUUCCCCGGAUCACCGACAUCACCCAGAGGACGUUUCAGCCUCUGUCUCUCUUUAUUUAAGAGUUUGGUUUCCUCCUCAGCUCGUGGCUCAGCUCCUAAAAGGCUCCUGGGAAAGUUGUGGCGGUAGCUGAAGUGAGCAGGUGUGACACGACUCCUACCUUGCACUCAGGUGUGCUCCUGUGUUCCAGACCUCAUCCCGAGCCAUGUCCUGCUACGAGCGAUGUCCCCCCACGUCCUGCGGCCCCACGCCGCUGGCCAACAGCUGCAACGAGCCCUGUGUCCGGCAGUGCCAGGACUCCACCGUGGUCAUCCAGCCCUCUCCCGUGGUGGUCACCCUGCCCGGGCCCAUCCUCAGCUCCUUCCCCCAGAACACCACCGUGGGAUCCUCGGCCUCCGCCGCCGUCGGGAGCGCUCUGAGCGCCGGGGGGGUCCCCAUCAACUCGGGCAGCUCCUUGGGCUUGGGGGGCUUUGGCUACCCCGGGCUGGGCAGUGGCUACAGCCGGCCCUACCGGCGCUACAACCCCUCCCGCAGCGGCUUCUACGGGCCCUGCUAAGGCGGGAGGAGGAAGAGGAGCAGGAAUGCUGAACCCCGAGCCGUUCCUGCAGCAGGACUGAGCUCCCGGUGCCAAAAGCGAUGUCAGAUCGGAGUCAGUCAGCCCCCGGAAUGAGGCCACCGCUCCUGUCUCGCUCCUGCGCGUUUCUGACCCGGUUUGUAGCUCUGCUGCUCGGUGUAUUUGGUGCUACCCGGUGUAAAGUUUUGAAUUUAGGGAGUGGGUGGGACGUGGUUCUCAGGGGGCGCUGGAAG